AUGAUGGCUACGGAUACCAUGCCUCGGAGCUCGCCGGCACAGGCCUUCCCAAUGCCGUCCGCCACCCCUCAAAGGAUCCCCUCGAUUCAUGUAAGGAGGGAUUCCUCUCCCGGUCCGUUGACGUCGCCUCCUUCUCUCCCCACCCAGAACUUCUCGCCCGACGGGCGCAGUGAUUAUGACGACGGCGCCGACGAGGAUGCGCUGUCACCAUUUGAUCCGCGUCGCUUCACUCCGACGUUGCAUGCAUCUCUAGUGUCGGAGAUUCUGUCUCUCCGACGGGAUGUGGAAAGCAAAACAAAAGCCAUCGAUGUGCUCGAGCGAAGCCUGGACGAUUCUCGCAACGAGAAUGAAGACCUCGCCGCUCGGCUGUCGCAGAGUACCAAGGAAACCCGCUCGCUCCGACAUCAGUUACAGUUGUUGGAAGGCGGCAGUUCCUCGGCUCUCACCGAGCUUGCCCGGGAGCGCGAUGAGGCGCAAGAAAACAUCGCGGAUGUUCGUAAAAAGCUAGAGCAGACUCAGAAACGAGCUCGAAGUCGGGAGGAGGACAUGGAGAGAACGCUGAACCUGUGGGAGCGCGAUAAACAAUCGUGGGAGAACGAACGCCGAAAUAUGGAGCGCAAGGUUCAUGUGGUGGAAGGUCGUCUCAAGGUCGUCUUGAAUGAAGUGGCGGCCGCUCAAACGGCCGGCUCGUCCCAUUCCGGCCCAGAUACCGAUGAAACAGCGACGACCAAGGAGGGAAUGACCGGCAAAGACAGUGACUCGGCAAGCAUUCGCUCGGGCAGUAGUCAAGGACGACGCCGGACUAGCGUCACCAGCGUGAGCUCCGACGAGGGUGACUAUCAUAACAUUCGGUACUCGGUAGCCAGCAUUGCCAACGUGCCGGGUAUCAACAAACCCGACGGCCUGAGCCUUGCCCAAGAACUCGCGUUUGACGAAGACGAGGAGUUCGGGCUUCCCGACGAGGACCUGGUGCCCGCAUCCCCCGAGGCGCUUCCGGAAGAGCGUCCGGUGUCGGUUCAAUCCCACAUCUCUCAUACGAUUGGCAUGGGAGCCAAAGCGAGAAAGAUCCUAGGUCUUUCUCUGCACGGCAGCAACGACGGUCACCCCACUAGAGGCGACGGCACGUCGGAAUUGAGCAGCCCCUGGAAAGCUCCGGUGUCGUACGUAUACCGGGACUCGGGCAUUCAGUACUCUCCUCCGCCCUCUCCGAAGCUACCAACGGAGAGCGAAAAUCUGCCAUCAAGCCGAUACUCUGAGGAGUCUCAUGGCGAUAGCCAGGCUCCCGCUGGGCACUACUCGUCCAAGGACACCAGCACGUCGACGGUUUCGGCUGACAUGGUCUCGACGUCUUGUCAAACGGUCGCAGAUCUUCCCACUCCCCCAUGGACGCCUCUGAUUAGCGAAAUGCCACCUUCGCCGUCGCUUCCCGAGCCAGCUGUGAUGGUCUCCACCUCCGUGCAAACGGAAGAGCUUGCACCUGCCAAGAUCGAAUCAAAACGAGUCAGUCUGCAGCAAACCGACUCUGCGUCACCCGAACUCGCGGUCCCAAUGAUCGCAAUUCAUCCGCCUUGCUCAGAUCCCCCUUCGCCCCGUGGCAGCGUUGUUCUCCCGCCUCAGACCAAGAGUGCGUCUUGCCAGGCUGAUCUCCGUCCCGCUGUGGAAACCCAAACGGUUGGCAUCCAGACGGAAGAAAUUCGGAUCGAUCAACGAUCUGUCAAGUUGCCAGCUAGCUUACUUCCUUCAGCUAUCCCAGAUCUGCCGCUUAACAUGAACGCUCAGGAUGUUCCGGUGCAGCCGUACCGAGCGCCACCUCCACGGCCCAUUAAGGGCGAAAGAAAGCCGAAGUCCUCUGUUGACGAGAAGCCGGCGAAGCCCGUCUCGGAAACUCAGUUCUCGGGCCAUACCCAGGCCUAUCCUGGAAACAACGACAAUGGGCCUCUGUCCGAGGAAUCGAAGACGGAUAUCAGGCGGCCUUUCCGAUCGAGCAGCCUCUUCGCCGGGUUUGAGCCGCAGAGCGACGAGGAGGAGCCAUCCGAAGAGUCCAAGGAUAUCUUUACUGACGAUGCCCUUCUCAACCGGCCGUUUGCUGCGUACAAAUUGAAACGGGGCAAGCUAGUUUCGACGCAAGACCGCCCGAGCGUGGACGAAAGUGUGCGUGAGGUCGAUGAGCAUCUGAUCGACCUGGAUGCUCGUCGGGACACAGCAAAGGACGCGGAUUUCAUGGGGUCCUCGCAGGGCCCAAGAUCCGGGAUGGCGACACCUACGGCACGCCAGCAAGAUAUCCGGCGCGCUGCGAUGAUCUCUAGCGGAGCAGCAGCCCACCAAAAGAUACGGCCUCGGAGUCCCAGCGAGCCGAGCAUCGACAGCGGGAGUGCCAGCGGAGCCUCGAGCGUUGCUCCUCCGUUCCCGGUGCCAAUCCGUCUCAGCUCCAGGAAAUUCCCAGUCAACGGGAGUGAGGGGCGUCAGAGUCCGACCCCUUCCAACCAUCCCCGGAAUUUCUCUGAUCGGACGCGUCCACCGAUUGUGCGACGUCCCACCCUGCGACGAGUCCGGUCGGCCGCUGCAAUGUCGCACACCGAACAUGACCGGCCGGGAAGUCUUUCGUCUCCCAUGUCGGGCUCUUCAUUUGGGCAGGAAAGCCCUCAUCAGCCUUACCCGCCUCUUCCGUUCGAUGAACUUACCAUGCCCCGGGAUCGACGAUCCAGCCAACGGCAGUCGAAUCAUCAUCGUGCGACCCCGCCGCGCGGACUGCUCCAUGAGCGACAAGAUUCCACGGCCACGUCGGUUCAGCCGACAAGCGUCGUCGAUGCGAUCGCACAGACCAUGGUUGGAGAAUGGAUGUUCAAGUACAUCCGUCGGCGGCGAUCGUUUGGCGGCGUGGGUGAAUCCAAAGACAACUGGGAGGGCCGGAAUGCCGAGGAGGUGUCGGCCAACAUUACCAACAGUGGAGUUCGGCACAAACGAUGGGUCUGGCUGGCUCCCUACGAGCGAGCCGUCAUGUGGAGCAGCAAGCAGCCGACGAGUGGGCCUGCCCUUCUGGGCAAGAGUGGCAGGAAGUUAUUGAUUCAAUCCGUGCUCGACGUCAAGGACGACAACCCCCUGCCGAAAGGCGCCAACCCACACAACCAAUUCAAUCGUUCCAUCCUCAUCUUGACGCCCCAGCGGGCGCUUAAGUUUACAGCCUCUAGCAUCGAACGUCAUUAUGUUUGGCUUUCUGCACUGUCGUUCUUGAGCCACUCCGCCAUGGGCCUCCACGACCUCUCUUCUCUGCCCCCUGCUCCGCAAGAAGAGUUCACGCCGCCUGCUCAGCCAGCAUCGUUGCGCCGAAACCCGAUCCGCGACUCGAUCCGCAUCGCCAAAGGCCGACCUCGACCCGGUCCCAAGGGCAAGCGAUCGUUGAAUCAGCCGGAGCCCGUCCCCGAAAUCCCUGCAGGCCGAGAAUCGACCAACUCAAUGGACGCAGCCGAUCCACCCACGGUGCCUCGAUUCUCCAACCACGCGCGCAAGCGAAGCAACACGACCCCUCGGAUGCCGGCGAUCCCAACGAUUCGCAGCUUCUCCAGCCAGGGGACGAUGCCCUCGAACCCCAGCACGCGGGGAUCCUCCGACACGCACGGGCCGCAAUCGCACGGCGCAGCUACUACGAUCAACAGCGGCCGUAGCAGCUACAGCCGCCGAACCUCGGAAACCAGUGUCCGAACGGGUACGAGUAACUUCUUCGAUGCGAUUGGAACGGUGCGCAUGGAAGCCUUCAUUGACCAGGCAGACGCCAGUCGAAUCCGUCCCACGCGCGCCCGACAUGGCCGGAAGGUUUCGAGCCCGUGGGGUGCGCCGCAAAACCCGAGAUUUCGUGAACCCGACUACUCUCCUUAUGACGAUUUCGAGCAUUUUCACCAUGACGAUCCUUUUCGGGGAUUUUAG